CUCGCCGUCCUCCUGUUAACGAAACGCGAUGCGACUUCUUGGACUUUUUUUUAAAGCUAUUUUGGCAUUUAGCGCUGUAUAUUUAGAUUAAAAUGGGAAUCACGAAAUUAGCAGAUUUGAUUCGUGGUGACGCUCCGGGUUCGAUAACUUACAAAGAGAUCGGAGAUUACACUGGGAAAAUAAUCGCACUUGACACCUCCAUUAUUAUGAACCAGUUCCGUUCAGCUGUUCCUAAUCUGAAAUUAAGCUUGUUAGGUGUGUUCUACCGCACGCUGACGUUCCUGGAGCACGACAUCAAGCCAGUGUUUGUGUUCGAUGGAGAUCCUCCUGAGCAGAAGAGAGCCCUGCUGGAGAAAAGAGCACAGAGUGCAGGCAGGAGCAGCGCACAACGCUCUCACGCUGGUGUGUCGUCUCAAACCAAGGAAUUCCUGCGUCUCCUCAUGCUCCUCGGUGUUCCUUGUGUCCAGGCUCCCGGUGACGCCGAGGCGUUUUGUGCUCAGUUGGUCAGUAGUGGUGUGGUGGAUGCCGUGGCCUCAGAGGACAUGGACACGCUGGCGUUCGGAGGGACGGUUCUCCUUCGCCAGCUCAACGCAAAGAGAGAGAGUGAGGUGAUGGAGUACUCUCUGCCAAAGUUACUGGAAAUCCUGCAGCUCACACAAAAAGAGUUUGUAGAUCUGUGUAUUUUAUUGGGAUGUGAUUAUUGUGAUAAGAUCGCGGGUUUGGGGCCGAGUCGAGCGCUGAAGCUCAUCCAGCAGCACCGCAAUAUAGAGGACGUGAUGCUCAACAUCAACACGAAGACACACCGGGUCCCUUUAGGUUGGCAGUACCAGGCUGCGCGGAAGCUGUUCCUGGACUCGCCCCGGUCUGAACCGCCCCAUCUGCAGUGGAGUGAACCUAACGAGCCGGAGCUGGUGAACUUCCUGUGUCAGGAGAAACACUUCAAGGAGGAGAAGGUGCGAGGGCGGAUGGAGAAGUUCCGGCAGAAACUCGCCCACAGAAGGAAGGAGAGAGAGGAAGAAAAGGGAAAGAGGGGAGGCAGACAGACCAGCUUGGACCAAUUCUUUCCUGUGACACGGAAAAGACGGUCUGCAGAAGCAGGAGGAUCCGCAACCAGGAAGCAACAGAAGACUAAAUAAUGCUGUUUGUUUUAAACCCUAGUGAUGGAGAGAAGUCGUCGGUUAUUUCACUCUGAUUCCUGUGUUAGUGUUCAUUUUAUUUGAAAU